AUGUAUAAGGCCGUCGUCCUCGGGGCUGCUGGUGGCAUUGGUCAACCUUUAGCGCUUCUGCUCAAGUCCAAUCCACUCGUCAAGGAGCUGGCCUUGUUCGAUAUUGUGAACACCCCUGGUGUUGCAGCUGAUUUGUCGCAUAUCGCUACCCCCGCCAAAGUUUCUGGCUACCUGCCUCCAGAUGAUGGUCUUAAGAAGGCGCUGACGGGUGCCGACAUUGUUGUGAUUCCUGCCGGAGUACCUCGCAAGCCUGGCAUGACGAGGGAUGAUCUAUUCAAGAUCAAUGCUGGGAUCGUUCGCGAUCUUGCGACUGGAAUUGCAACGGCUGCUCCCAAAGCGGCGGUAUUGGUGAUUUCCAACCCUGUCAACUCUACCGUUCCAAUUGUUGCCGAAGUUCUCAAGAAACAUGGCGUUUUCGAUGCCAAGAAGUGCGUGGUGAUCAAACGCCCUACUCUACUCUGGCUCUUUUUUGACUUCUUCCCCAAAAGGCUCUUUGGUGUAACUACUUUAGAUGUCGUUCGCGCUUCAACCUUCGUCUCUGAAGUCCUCGGUGAUCUUUCUCUGGCUUCCUCUGUCACAAUCCCCGUCGUUGGUGGACAUAGCGGCGUUACGAUUGUGCCGUUGUUUUCGCAGUCAUCGCAUCCUCUUCCUGCUGGAUUCUCUCCAUCAGACCUGCAAGCUCUUACCACCAGAGUUCAGUUUGGGGGAGAUGAGGUCGUCAAGGCGAAGGACGGUGCUGGGUCUGCGACCCUUUCGAUGGCAUAUGCUGGUGCGGAGUUUGCAGGGAAAGUACUCAGGGCCCUGAAUGGUGAGAAGGGAAUCAUAUCCCCGAGUUUUGUCCAUCUCUCGUGUGACAAAGCGGGUGGGGACUCGCUCAAGAAAGUAAUUGGGAAGGAACUUGACUUUUUCUCGGUUCCUGUCGAGCUUGGGCCUGAGGGUGUUGCCAAGCUGCACUCUCUUGGUAAUCUUACAGAGUUCGAGCAGUCGCUUAUCCAGGCCGCCUUGCCCGAUCUCGAAAGCAAUAUAGAGAAGGGCGUCUCGUUUAUCGAAUCGCCUAAGCUUUAA